UCUCUUCGAGCUGUCAGCCGCAUUCUAAUGGACUUGGUGUCAAUCAAGAGUGAGACAGGGGCGAGGCGAUUGCACGAGACCGGCGCCGGCGAGGUGACCAAGGUGGUGAUUAGGAGGAGGAGAGCUAGGGACUCUGCGGCGGUGCCACCGGGGGUCGCUACCGGAAAUGAUCCUAACGCCGGUGAAGUCAUCGAUCAAUCUACCACUGCUUGCAGCACCAUCAAAAGGAGCUCAAGAUUUCGAGGAGUGAGCAGGCAUCGAUGGACAGGUAGGUUCGAGGCUCACCUCUGGGAUAAAGGUUCAUGGAAUGCAACGCAGAGGAAGAAAGGAAAGCAAGUGUACCUCGGAGCGUACGAUGAGGAGGAAGCAGCAGCGAGAGCUUAUGAUUUGGCUGCUCUAAAGUACUGGGGGCCUUCCACCUACACCAAUUUUCCAGUAUCUGAAUACGACAAGGAAAUCCAAAUCAUGCAAAACGUCACAAAAGAAGAGUACCUGGCCUCCAUUCGCAGAAAGAGCAGUGGUUUCUCCAGAGGUGUAUCCAAGUACCGGGGGGUUGCUAGACAUCAUCACAAUGGAAGGUGGGAAGCACGGAUUGGCAGAGUCUUUGGAAACAAAUACCUGUAUCUGGGAACUUACAGCACUCAAGAAGAGGCUGCUCGUGCUUACGACAUUGCAGCCAUCGAAUACAGAGGAAUCAACGCGGUGACCAACUUCGACCUAAGCAGCUACAUUCGAUGGCUCAAGCCAACGGCUGGGAGCUCCGGCCUCCAAGACUGCAUUACUGAAUUGCCUUGGCAAGGCCACUCCACCGGCCAUCAGCCUCAAGCUCACAGCCAGCCCAAUUUACUCGACCAAUUAUAUGGGAACGUGCUGCCCUGCAAGUGGGAAUAUUAUGCGGACAAUAUUAAUAAUAAUAAUAAUAAUCAAUUGCAAGCCAAUCUUCCUAGUGCCCCUAAGAGCAAGCCUUCUUCGCCCACCGCUCUGGGGCUCUUGUUCAAGUCUUCGAUGUUCAGGCAACUCAUGGAGACCUUCGGUGAUGUAGGCAUUGAUGAAGGCGAGCAAUCACAGAGCCUGGAGAGGAGACAAAUUAUAAUGCAAGAAGUUGUGUCUACUGCUACAGAUAAUGUGGAUCAGUUUCUGCAUGGGGUCUUUUGUAAAGAACUAUCGGCUUGUAUUGGAAUGAUAUAGCUAGCUAGUCGACGUACGACACCUCUUCAUCUCCGAUCGAGACGAAAUCGAGGAGAUCAUGAAAUAAAACAAAGAUAC